CAGGAGAGACACACAUAAAAAGACCCACCUUCUGACCGCGCGCUCUGGGUCCGGAACGAUUAUCAUAUCACUGCCAGCUUACAUAUCCCGAAUUACCCAACGAUAUGUCUACGGGGAACGAUUGGCAGAGAGGAUCCCUCGGCUUCGUACUCGUCACUCUCAUGAUCAUUACCCUUUACUUGGGCCAGGUUGCAGCCGGGACCACACAGCACUGCGGCUACCACUUCUCCCCCACCAGCUCGAAGGGGAAGGGAGCGUCUUGCAUGCAGGACGAUAAAGAUGAUAAGUUGUGCGUUCUCGACAGCUGUACCAGCGAUGCUAGCGGAUUAAAGUGGGACUUCGUUCGCUACAGUUAUUGCAGCCACGGCCAUCGCAUCACACCUGAUGCAGUAAAACCAGCUCAAUAUUUUCGUCGAAAGGACUACGUUGAGGUCCAGAAAGAUGGGACCGACCAGUGGGUCGAUUGUGCUUACUCGACUCCAACCGACUAUCAGAUGACCUGUUCCGACUGCUCGUGACCAUCGUAUUAGCCCUCAAAAGCUCAGCAAAACGGGCCUGCCGGGGACGAAACGGUUGGAUAGAAGAGCGUCGAUAUCUUCUCUCACUCGACCCGACACUGCAGUUGUUUCAUUAAAUCUUUAUGGACCUAUUCUAGUCAUCAGCCUCCUCAUUGUAUCCAGAACGAACUGUGUAUCUUGACGAUCAAGAAUGUACUACCCCAUUUCCUCUGUAUUUUGCGAAUGCUUCAUGAGAUCCUCAUGGCCGAUGAGGCAUCCAAUGGGUCACCGGUUUUGAGGUCC